CUUGUACCAAAAUGGCACCCCUGUAAGAAAAUUACAUGGCAGUACACCUUAAAGCAAAGCCAGAAGAGGGCAAAAACCUGCCAUUAGAGACCCAAACCGUAAAAAUACAAACUCAUUCUUUCCUUAGUUGCGCUCCCUUUCUCUUUUGAUGGUCUCUUCUUCUUUCAAUUUCUAUUAUAUUAUCUACAAACCAGUAGUAUCGAUCAGUCCCGUAUAUAUCAGUCUCAUUAUUUUUAUACCUCUAUUUUCUUUUUCUUUUUCUUUUUCUUUUUUCAAUUUUGAGUUGAUUCAUUUACUAUUUUUUGUCGGUAACAAGUUGAUUCGUUUAUUGAUCUAGAUUAUUUGGGCUUUUGUACCGUGGGAUUCUUCAAUUUAUUGACUCUAUUUAGGUUAUUUCCAGUUGGUUCGCUUUCUGUUUGAUAAAAGUUCUUAAACACUCCCCAUUUUUGAAGAUUCAUUUUUUUUUUCUUUUUUGGAUUACUUGGAAGUGAAACAUAUACCCAGUUGUUAGAAUCUAUUUGACCUCGCCCGCUACUUCAUUUUGAAGUAUUAAUGCUUAUGGGUUUUCAUUUUGACAAAUGGGUAUUGUAGAUUUUGUGGUGCAUAAGUUACGAGGUUAGUGCAUGGUGAUGUUUCAGUUUGACGAACAAUCCAGAACAUGCUCUCUCGGGUAUGUAUUCACAGAUUCUGCUACUCUGCUACUGCCAUUGUAGCGAUAGUCCUAUAGUGUUUCUAAUUAAGCAGACGGAACCUUGAAGGGAUCGCAUAACUUUUGUUUCUUUCCUUUUUUUGAUGCCGUGUCGUCUUCUUAUAUACCGAGAUACCAAAUGUCACCGUGCCAGAAUGUCGUAGCCUUUGGCAUUCGUGUGACGCUUAGAGACGCUUAGACGGAGUUCAUAAUUUAGACCCGUCAUGUAUAUUUUGAGGGUCUUUGUAUAACAUCCGAUUGGAGGACUCACCUUGCAAUAUAUAUAUAAGGGUCUGCACACCGUAUAAGAGCUCAAAGCCUUAGUGCAUCUCAGACAGCAUAAGAGUGCCUAUACCCAAAAAUCACUUGCUGAGAGAUGCGAACUAUAGCCCUCUUGCCCUAUAGUGGCCCUAAAGCUCUUUCUCUUCGGAGACAUCAGCCCCUUUUGAUAGAACACGAUGCUCACACCUUAGCUCACUAGAAGGUCCUGCGUACUGAGCCCCGGGGUGGCAGAGAGCAAUACCCAGGUCUCUCCUCUCAUAUUCUUGGUCCAAAUACCAAUUCAACGUGCUAUUCUUGGUAUCAGCUUAAAUUUUGGUAAUUUGGCUCUACCUCUUCUAUCAAGCGAAGUCCCAGCAAUUAUUCCACCAGCAAAAAAUGCAGAGAAGGAUUCUAUCUCACCAUUUCUUCUCCAAAAGACUGCAUUCCCGUUUUAAUCAAAACCUAUUUUUCUCAUCUGAAACAACUCUAACCCUAGGGUCGCACAGAGAUGAUCCUCUCUACACAGACAUACCCAAGCCUCGCAGAGACAAGUCAGAAAGAAAGCCAUAUCUGACUCCAAUGAAAGUGUUAAUCCGAAGAGCAAAGCAAGAGAAAGAAGCUAGAAAAGUCCAGCCUUGUCGGAUGCUAGAGCAUCCACCUGAUAAUGGAUUAUUAGUCCCUGAACUUGUCGAGGUGGCUCACCGAGUUUAUCGAGCUCGAGAAUCGCUCCUUUGUGGUCUGACUAAGCUUGUUAACGUCAUUCCGGUUCAACGAUGCAGGUUCUGCCAUGAAGUUCAUAUUGGGCAUGUUGGUCAUGAAAUUAGAACAUGCACUGGUCCAGGAAGUGGUUCGAGGAGUAGUACUCAUGUUUGGAGAAGAGGAGGAGUGCAUGAUGUAGUCUUUUUCCCUAAAUGCUUCCAUCUCUAUGACCGUGUGGGUAAGCCGAGAGUUAGGCACGAUGAGAGGCAUAGUGUCCCUAAACUCCCUGCCAUUGUAGAGCUUUGUAUACAAGCUGGAGUAGACCUUGAAAAGUACCCUACAAGGAGGAGGACAAAGCCUGUAUAUUCUAUUGAAGGAAGAAUAGUAGAUUUUGAGCUAGCAGUAGAAAAAUAUCAAAUGAGCAGUACAGAAUCUAAUUUCGGGACUGAAUUUGAUGGAGUAACAACAAAUUUCAAGUUGGAGAAGGAUUCUGAUUGUUUGAAGGAAUCAAAUGAUAAAUUUACUGACUUGAAGGUUUUAAGCAUUGGGACAAUGGACUUAUGGUUUGAAAUGAUUUCAGGAGCUAAGAAGAUCAUGGAUAAAUAUACCGUGUUAACUUGUGGAUAUUGUCCUGAGGUUCAGGUUGGUCCUAAAGGACAUAAGGUCAGGAUGUGCAAGGCAACCAAGCACCAGGCUCGUGAUGGUCAACAUGCUUGGCAAGAAGCAACUAUGGAGGAUCUUGUUGGUCCAAAUUACGUUUGGCAUGUUCUAGAUCCGAAUGGUCGUCUUUUGGAUAACAAGUUGAAGAGGUAUUAUGGCAAGGCUCCGGCUGUGAUAGAGCUAUGCGUGCAGGCUGGUGCACCUGUUCCAGAUCAAUAUCGGAGUAUGAUGAGAUUGGAUGUUGUUCCUCCUGAGAGAGAUGAAGUUGAUCUUGUUGCCUGAAAUGCUGUUUUAUGUUGGUAAAAUGCCCAUGUAUUUCAAAGCUUAAACAAGCUGUGGACGAAGAAAUUUUGUGUUUAAAUACUUGUAUACGCCAUGUAAACACAUCUAAUAAAAAUUUGUUGGAUUAAUUUCUGUGAUGUAAAUUUUAGUAAUCUCUAAAUUAAUAAAAUUUAUUGUAAUUCGAAUUCA